AUUCUCUACUACUACGUACAAUAUUCCGUACAACAGUACAUAUACACGGCUACGUAGUCUUUCAUGACUCUUGUUCUUCCUCGUUAAAACCCUUCAUCUCAUUGAGAGAAAGAGUGAGAGAGCACGAAGGUGUUUUAAUGGCGGAAUACAUCGAGUUAGACAUUAACGAGUUGGAGUCACCUUUCCCUCAGCCUUCAAACGCCGAGACAGUUGCGAAAGAUGAAGAUGAUCUCGUUUGGGCUGCCAUCGAACGACUUCCUUCCUUUAAACAAUUGAAUUUUGCUCUCCUUCGAGACGAUGGAGAAGCGCAAGUGUCGACCAUUGAUGUAACCAAGCUUGAUAGGAAUCAACGCGAGUUAGUCGUACAAAAGGCCCUUGAUACUCCUGAGCAAGAUAACUAUAAACUUGUUUCUGGUAUUAGACAACGCUUUCAAAGAGUCGAAUUGGAGUUGCCGAAGGUAGAAGUGAGAUUCGAGGACUUGAAUAUUACAGCCGAAGUUCAAAUAGGGAGAAGAGCUUUACCAACCCUCAUUAAUUUUACUCGUGAUAAGAUUGAGGGUAUUUUAAAGCUUUUGAGGAUAUCUCGUCCUCAAAGACAUACAUUAACUAUCUUGAAUAAUGUCAGUGGAUUUCUCAAGCCUGGAAGGAUGACAUUGCUUUUGGGACCUCCAGGAUCAGGCAAAUCUACGUUGCUAUUAGCUCUUGCAGGAAAGCUUGACAGUAGCUUAAAGAAAAGUGGAAAUGUAACAUAUAAUGGCCAUCAACUGAGUGAAUUUUGCGCGCAAAGAACUUCUGCUUAUAUAAGUCAGACAGAUAAUCACAUUGCCGAGCUAACUGUGAGAGAAACUUUUGAUUUUGCUGCUAGAUGUCAAGGUGCUAGCGAUUCCUUUUCAGGAUAUAUGAAGGAGCUUAUUCGAUUAGAGAAAGAAACAAAAAUACAUCCAAGCCCAGAAAUUGACGCGUAUAUGAAGGCAUUGUCAGUUGGUGGGAAAAAGCAUAGCAUUUCAACAGAUUACCUUCUCAAAGUUCUUGGCCUUGAUAUAUGUGCUGAUACUGUUGUUGGUGAUGACAUGAAUCGAGGGGUUUCAGGUGGUCAACGAAAGAGAGUUACUUCAGGAGAACUUAUUGUCGGGCCAAAGAAAACUCUCUUGAUGGAUGAAAUAUCAACUGGACUAGAUAGCUCAACCACGUUCCAGAUAGUUAAAUGCAUUGGGAACUUUGUUCACCAAAUGGAAGGAACUGUACUCAUGGCUCUUCUUCAACCAGCACCAGAGACAUUUGAACUCUUUGACGAUUUAAUGUUGUUGUCAGAAGGGCAUAUGGUCUAUCAUGGACCUCGUAUCGAUGUGUUGGAUUUCUUUGAAUCAUUAGGCUUUCGCUUGCCCCCUCGUAAGGGUGUUGCAGACUUUUUACAGGAGGUUACCUCUAGGAAGGAUCAAGAGCAAUAUUGGGCAGAUCCCUCGAAACCUUAUAGAUUCAUUUCCGCUGAACAAAUUGCUGAAGCAUUUAGAAAUUCUAGAUUUGGGAAGAUGGUUACGUAUACUCUGUCUGAGCCAUAUGACAAAAAGAGGAGUCAUCCUUUAGCUCUGUCCAAAACAAUGUUUGCAUUACCAAAAUGGGAGCUUUUUAAGGCAUGUUUCUCCCGUGAAGUUCUACUGAUGCGCAGACAGAGUUUCCUGUAUGUAUUCCGAACCGUACAGGUCAUAUUAGUUGGAUUUAUCACAGGAACAACUUUUUUAAAAACAAGGCUACAAACUACAGAUGUGGCUUACGGAAAUAUUUAUCUUGCCUGUCUUUUCUAUGGGAUCACACAUAUGAUGUUUAAUGGAUUUUCGGAGCUGGCUCUCAUGAUAUUUCGACUCCCGGUCUUUUACAAGCAAAGAGACAAUUGUUUCUAUCCUGCGUGGGCAUGGUCACUUUCGAGCUGGGUUCUGCGUGUUCCAUAUUCUGCAAUUGAAUCUAUUGCAUGGUCGUGUGUUGUAUAUUAUAUGGUUGGGUUUGCUCCUGGAGCUGGAAGCUUUUUCUGUUUUAUGCUGCUUCUAUUUGUUAUACACCAAAUGGCGUUGGGUCUCUUCCGGAUGGUGGCUACGCUAGCAAGAGAUAUUGUCAUCGCGAAUAUUUGUUCUACAGCUUCCUUGCUUGUAAUACUUUGUAUGUGUGGCUUUAUUAUUCCGAAAGCUAUGAUAAAACCAUGGUGGACUUGGGCAUACUGGGUGUCACCCUUAUCCUAUGCUCAAACUGCAAUUUCUGUGAACGAAUUCUCAGCAACAAGAUGGAUGAAGGCCUUAGGAAACACUACAGUUGGGCAGGAUGUCCUUGAAUUACAUGCUAUACCGACGGAUGGUCGUUGGUACUGGAUCGGAAUUAUUGCUUUAUUAGCCUAUGUAUUUCUUUUCAACAGCAUAGUUACACUAGCCUUGGCCUAUCUGAAUCGUAAGUACCUAAUGUUUUAUUGGAGUGGACUUCUAAUUAAAGGCACUGAACGGAAAUUUGUGCUUUCUUUUGGCAAGUACAUCAAUUGUAAUCGGGUUGUUUUUUGUAUCUACUUCAUCGCAGCUAUAAAGAAAACCCAAACUGUGAUCUCGGUUGAUGUCUCAGAUGAGGUUGCAGUUGAUGAAGGCAGAGAUGAGGUGUCUACUUUGAACGGAGCUUCUAACAACACUGGGAAAAAGAAGGGAAUGAUUCUUCCAUUUCAACCACUUAGUAUGACAUUUCAUAAUGUCAACUAUUUUGUUGAUAUGCCAAAGGCUAUGAAGGCAAAAGGUGUACUAGAAAAGAAGUUGCAGCUGCUGUCAAAUGUGAGUGGAGUUUUCUCGCCAGGAGUUCUGACUGCAUUAGUUGGGGAAAGUGGAGCAGGAAAAACCACUAUGAUGGAUGUGCUUGCUGGCAGAAAGACUGGUGGAUAUAUAGAAGGAGACAUUAGGAUUUCAGGGUAUCCAAAAGUGCAGCAUACUUUUGCCAGAAUUUCAGGAUACAUUGAACAGAAUGAUAUACAUUCUCCUCAAGUAACAGUGGAGGAGUCGCUCUGGUUCUCUUGUUCACUUCGCCUUUCAAAAGAAAUCAGUAAAGAAACCAAAAAAGAAUUUGUUGAUGAAGUGAUGAGGCUGGUGGAGCUUGAUAAUCUUAAACAUGCUUUGGUAGGAUUGCCUGGUACUACUGGCUUGUCAACAGAGCAAAGGAAACGACUAACCAUCGGUGUAGAGCUUGUUGCAAAUCCUUCAAUAAUUUUCAUGGAUGAACCGACAUCAGGACUUGAUGCACGAGCAGCGGCUAUUGUAAUGAGAACUGUCCGAAAUACUGUUGAUACAGGACGAACAGUGGUCUGCACUAUACAUCAACCAAGCAUUGAUAUAUUUGAAGCAUUUGAUGAGUUGCUUCUUAUGAAACGCGGUGGACAAGUUAUAUAUGGAGGAAAGCUUGGAGUUCACUCUUGCAUAAUGAUAGACUAUUUUCAGGGGAUUGAUGGAAUACCUCGCAUUCCUGAUGGCUAUAAUCCUGCAACUUGGAUGCUUGAGAUUACCGCCCCUGCCAUUGAAGAGAGACUCGGUAAAGACUUCACCAGCAUUUACAGAAAUUCCAGUCAGUUCAGAGAGGUAGAAGCUCUCAUAAAGCAAAAGAGUAAGCCGCUACCUGGAUCAGAACCAUUACGAUUUGAUACGACAUUCUCUCAACAUAUCAUAUCACAGUUUUGGCUUUGCCUUAAGAAGCAAUUUGUUGUGUAUUGGAGGUCUCCACAGUAUAAUGCUGUGAGAUUCCUUUUCACUACAUUUUGUGCCUUGGUACUUGGUUCUAUAUUUUGGGAUGUGGGAUCAAAAAGGGAUUCAAUCAUCAACUUGAUGACAAUCAUGGGAGCCCUUCACUCUGCAUGUUUGUUCUUGGGCGUCAGUAAUGCUUCUUCAGUACAACCAGUAGUUUCCACCGAGAGAACAGUUUUCUACAGAGAAAAGGCAGCUGGAAUGUACUCUCCACUUGCUUAUGCAGCGGCUCAGGCUCUUGUGGAAGUUCCAUAUAUCGCUGCACAGACAUUGACGUAUGGCAUCAUCACGUACUUCAUGAUUGGUUUUGAAAGGACAUUAAGGAAAUUUGUGCUAUAUCUUCUCUUCACUUUCCUUACGUUCACUUACUUUACCUUUUAUGGAAUGAUGUGUGUUGGAAUUACGCCUACACAGAGUGUGUCAGCCGUCAUAUCUUCAUCAUUUUACUCGCUUUGGAAUCUGUAUUCAGGUUUCCUCAUUCCCAGGAGAUUUAUCCCUGGAUGGUGGAUAUGGUUCUAUUACAUCUGCCCUGUAGCUUGGACACUGCGUGGAAUUAUAUCAUCGCAGCUUGGAGAUGUCGAGUCUAUCAUUGUUGGAGAUGGCUUUCAGGGUUCAGUCAAAGAGUAUUUGGAUGUUCAUUAUGGCUAUGGCCCUGGAAUGAUCGGUGUUUCAGCUAUUACUCUUCUUGGCUUCACGCUCCUUUUUGCUGGUGCCUUCGUUACUUCUAUCAGAUUCCUUAACUUCCAGAGAAGAUAGCAAGGAUAGGGUAGGAUAUUACUGGUGUUUUUUACAGUAAAACACAGGAAUCUUAUAGAGUCUCUUGGGAUUUAUAUAAUUGGAUUAUGUAGGAUCUAAUUCCAAUUUUGUUUUUCAUCAACUGGUUGUACACUUGUACAGUUCAAGACUAGAAGCUUCAGGUGCUACCUUUUGCUCAAAA